AAAAAAAAAAGAAUGGCAAACACAUCUACAGGCGAAGUUUAUAUUCACAAACUUGAACCAAGAAACCGCCAUGUGUCGGCGGAAGCUGGCGCUUUAAACAAGUAUUCUCGUACUAUAACGCAGGUACCUUCUGCUGGAGCUGCACAGGCACAAUUAUAUGCCACUGGUUUAAACGACGAAGACAUGAAUAAAGCCCAAGUUGGUGUCACGUCUUUCGGUUACGACGGUAAUCCUUGCAACAAGCACAUUAAUGAUCUUGCAGCCAAGGUCGUACAAGGAGUGUGGGAUGCCGGGUUAGUAGGUUACCAGUUUAAUACCAUCGGUGUUAGUGAUGCUAUUCCAAUGGGAAGUGCCGGAAUGUCCUUUUCCUUGCCUAGUCGAGAUGUUAUUGCAGACUCUAUUGAAACGGUCAUGAGUGCACUGUGGUAUGAUGCCAAUAUUUCAAUUCCAGGCUGUGAUAAGAACAUGCCUGGCUGUGUGAUGGCUGUUGCUCGGCUCAACCGACCUUCAUUGAUUAUUUAUGGUGGAACGAUGAAAAAGGGCCGAGGCACAGUGGGAAGCUGUAAAGAUCGAGAGAUCGAUAUUGGAAACGCGCUAGAGUGCAACGGAGAAUUUAUCAGUGGAAAAAUCACCGAAGAGGAAAGAAAGGACAUCAUCCGUCAUGCUUGUCCUGGUGCUGGUGCAUGUGGAGGCAUGUUCACUGCUAAUACGAUGUCAAGUGCCAUUGAAGCCCUAGGUAUGUCCUUGCCCUAUAGUUCGUCUAUUCCUGCUGAGGAUCCGGCCAAGAUACAAGAAUGUUUACGUGCUGGCCAGGCUAUCCGUGUCCUACUUGAAAAAGAUAUCAAACCAAGAGAUAUCAUGACUCGAAAAGCAUUUGAAAAUGCAUUAACUUUGAUCAUGGUCUUGGGAGGAUCAACUAAUGCCGUACUUCAUAUGAUUGCUAUGGCCAAGGCAGCCGAUGUUCCUUUAACCAUUGAUGAUAUUCAAGUAAUUUCUGAUAAAACGCCAUUUUUGGCAAAUCUGCGUCCAAGUGGUAAAUAUGUAAUGGAAGAUCUUCAUCGUGUUGGUGGCACACCAGCCGUUAUGAAAUACCUUUUGGAAAACAACAUGCUGCACGGAGACUGUUUGACGGUUACAGGAAAAACACUGGCAGAAAACUUGGCUACAGUAGACGGACUGAAAGAAGGACAGGAUAUCAUCCUGCCUUUAAGUAAUCCGAUCAAGCCAACCGGACAUUUGACCAUCCUGAGAGGCAAUAUGGCACCAGAGGGCGCAGUUGCCAAAAUCACAGGAAAAGAAGGUUUGGAAUUUACAGGUAUCGCCAGAGUAUUUGAUGACGAAGACGAUAUCUUUGAAGCACUUGAAAAAAAGGCGAUUCCAAAGGGAUCUGUUGUCGUCAUACGCUAUCAAGGCCCUAAAGGUGGACCUGGUAUGCCAGAGAUGCUGAAGCCUACAUCUGCCAUCAUGGGCGCCGGAUUGGGCAAAGAUGUUGCCCUAGUCACUGAUGGUCGAUUCUCUGGCGCUUCACAUGGAUUUAUUAUUGGCCAUGUUUGUCCAGAAGCACAAGUAGGUGGGCCUAUUGCACUUGUUAAUGAUGGAGAUAAGAUUACGAUUAAUGCAAAAACAAGAGAGCUCACAGUACAUGUAUCUGAUGCUGAGCUCGAGCAACGACGUAGUUUAUGGAAGCCAAAGCCUCCCAAGUAUACAAAGGGUAUAUUGGCAAAAUAUUGCAGAACAGUUAAAAGUGCUAGUGAAGGUGCCGUCACUGAUGAAUAUUAGUUAUCAGAAAGCAAUAAAAAGUCUCCAAUUUCUUUUAUUUUUCUCUCUCUCGGCCAGUGUGAUUACAGCAAUGAACUCAUAUACCAAAACCGCCUUGUAUUAACCUAGCAAUUUUUACUUGACAGCAGUGAUUUAACAAAGAUAGACAUCAGAAGCACUCUGUUACCGCUUUGGUACUAUAUAAUCUUCGAAAAGGAAACAUUUAAUAUAGUGUGGAUUCUUUCUUUUUUUCACCAAGAUUUCUGAUCAAAUACCAGUUAAUGUUUCAUAAUUUCAUUUAAUGUGUCUUAAGGGGGAAGUUGUGCCUGAAUGU